AUGGGUAUUUUUCGUGUGGCAAUAUAUGGCAUUAUGGCAGGUGUCUUCUUGUAUGCGCUGGGCUAUGAUAUUCUUUAUAUGCCACGAAUUGGACACACCUGGUGGAUUUACAAACUUGUCAUGCUAACAAUGAUUAAUUUAGUUCUGCAAACAAUAUAUCACGCAAUAUGUUUCGUUUGUGCAUUAAUGGAUGCAUUACGUGAAACAACAGAUCAUGGGCCACAUAAAAAACAUCCAACAACUCCAAGUUAUUGGCGAAAUUCAAAACUUCAUCGAAUUUCCGAUUUUAUGUAUUUCACUAGCGUCUUACCUGUUGGAGUUACGACUUGUUUACUUUUUUGGUUUUUAUAUGCUUUGGAACCAGCAUUAGUAAUGCCAAAAUGGAUCGAAGACUUAAUUCCACCUUUUCUGAAUCAUAUUACUCAUACUGCAUCAUUACCGUUUAUUUUGGUUGAUACACUUUUAACUUGUCAUCGAGCACCUUCACGUAAAAUUGGUAGCAUUAUCAUUGUUGCACUCGUAAUCAUUUAUUUUUGCAUCAUCUUUGGAGUGCGUUAUUUUGAUGGUUAUUGGCUUUAUCCAUUCAUGGAAUAUUUAUCAGUGAUAACAUUUACCAUAAUGUUCUUUAUAUCUUUCAUCUUUUUAUGGCUUCUAUAUAUCGUUGGAGAUAAGAUGAAUGUUAUGCUUUGGGGUGGCGCAACACAUUCCGAACCAUUAGCGAAAAGAAAAUAG